CCAAAUCUCUAGAAAUGCUUAACGGCAGCUCCCUUCUUACACUACUUUAUAAAUUUAAUGUAUGGCCACACUAACUUAUUGACUAAUGGUUUGUUUUAGAUUUUUUCAUCUUUCGUUCUUUUAGUUUUGUUUCGAAAGCAGUAGAGAAAUAGGUGUAUAAUACUUAUCGGUUCUGGCUCACAAAAUUAUUAAUAUUAACUGCGAUCAAAAGGCACAAACUGUGAUAUAGGACAAGAAAAAUAUAUCUAGUAUUUUAAUUUUUUAUUUAAUUAAAAUUGGUCAAUAAAACAAUGUAUUCAUUCAACAACUUACCAGUAGAGGUAAAAAUAGCAUAGACAAUUUCAAUCAAUUGGUUUUACCCACUGAUGGUGCAUGCAUUCGUAACUUAUUUAGCAUGAAAUAACUGACUCAUCUAAAAAAACAUUUAUUUGACCAUGCAAUUGCGAAACAUUUGUUAUCACCAAAGCGAAGACAAUUUUUUAACAGGAGAUUAAAGUAGUAAAAAAUUCUGAAAAUGACAGAGAAAAAUUAAUUAGUAGAAUAAAGAGAGAGUAAAAGAGAUGUAAAUGAGAGAUUAAAAGUAUAAAACCACAUUUUAAUCAUCAUGCAUGCUAUCGUCAUACUUUAAUACAUAAACCUAAUUAAAUGUUUUCGUGUAGCUUCUAGUGUUUCUACAAAGUGGAAAGUUAUUGUUGGUUGUAACCAAAUGUAGUAACAAAUACGUACAUUAUGUUAUUAUAUUUUAGGUCUCGUGCCUAAAAUGUUAUAUUGAAUAGCUGAUGAAAACAACUAAAAAAAUUUAGCAAAGUAAUGAAAUAUGGGUAUACAAUAACAAUUUUUUUAUUAUUGUUUUUAGGUUAUUGCCAACAUAUAUAGAUACUUAGAAGUCCAAGAUAUAUUAUCAGCAGAACAAACAUGCCAUCAAUGGUUAAAAGUUUCUCAAUUUAAAGAAUUUGUGGAUUUAAAAUGUUUAAAGCUUACUCGGUUGAAUGAGGCAGUCAAAAAUUUAUUUAUGAAAAGCUGUAGAAGAUUCUCAUCAUUGCAUUUAAGGUUGAAUGAAAGUACAAUUUUUUACACUUCGAAAGAUGCCGAAUUUGCACAUAUUGCAAACGAUCAAUUACUUGAGUUUUUUUCUUUAUCAAAUAUAACAAAUAAUAUAGAAAAUUUGACGUUGGAAAACUUUAACUCAAUUCCUUAUUCCACGCUAUGUGAAAUAUUAAGAAGUUUGCCAAAUCUUAAAGAAUUUAGAGGCAUAGAAGUAAAUUUUAAAUACUCUUUGCAUGAAUUUUUUUUUGAUUCAACUAUAGCUGAAUUUUCUGAGAAAAUGUCAAAUAUUAUACCAACAAAAUUAAGAUCAUUAAGUUUAAAAAAUUGUGUGCCUUUAGAACUGUUUUCCAAUAUCAAAAAUUUGAAGAAAUUGUACGUGCUAUAUAAUGAAAGUAUUGUGGAUGAAGACGGUUUUAUGGCAAUAGUCAAAAAUAACGAAAGUUCACUAAGUAGCUUAGAAUUAGAAUCUUGGACAGUUCAUGUCGAUAUAGUUUGGAAAGAAUUUGCGAACUUAUCAAAACUAAAAAAGUUUUAUCUUUCUACUGAUUACGGAAUGAUGACAUAUUACGAAGAUUUUAUAAAAUUCUUAAAAUCCCAAAUAUUUUUAACUGAUUUAAGUAUAGUAAAUGUAAAUUCACUAACCGAUGAAGAUAUAACGGAAUUAUUACAAUAUUUACCAAACAUACAAAAACUAAAUUUGAGCAGUAAUAAAAAUUUGACAAGUUCUAUUUUUAAACCAAUUUUGAAAUUGAAUAAUAUCAAAUCUUUAGCAAUAAAUAACUUGAAAUAUGUCAAAAUUCCAAAUGGGAUUUUUAAUGAUCUACAUAUGUAGAAAGAAUCACGAUAUCUAUGAAUUGAGUUUUUUAAAUGUGGAAUUGACUGAUGCAGAUUACAUUUCUAUAGCCGAAAAUUUAAAAAAAUUGAGAAUUUUAAACGGUGGUAGCGGAAAUUUAACUGAUAAUAGUUUAUAUCGAAUUUUGGAAAACUGCAAGAACAUUGUUGAUUUAGUAAUUCAUAAUGACAAUGUAACCGAUAAUGCUUUGAUAGGAUCAGAGCUGGAGUCUAAAAAGCUGUUAUACCUAAGCUUACAAUGCGCCAAAAUUUCCGAUGAAACGUUGAUUAAUAGUUUUAAAUUUAAAAAUUUAACAGUCCUUAAUCUACUCAUUACUUCAAAUAUGUCAGCGGAAGGCUUCAAACAAUUGGCUGAUAAUUGUUCAAAUAUUAAAAAACUGAUUUUAAGAAAAAUAUGUUCAAAUAAAAUUUCAUUGAAUUUUCUGCAAAUACUUUGUGUAGCAGUAAUAAAUCUUUCAAAACUGGAAAAGUUGAAUAUUAGAAGAAAAUGUAAAUGUACUGCCUUUGAUUGUCAGGUAAUAGCCAACAUAUAUAGAUACUUAGACGUCCAAGAUAUAUUAUCAGCUGAACAAACAUGCCAUCAAUGGUUGAAAGUUUCUCAAUUUAAAGAAUUUUUGGAUUUAAAAUGUUUAAAGCUUACUCGGUUGAAUGAGGCAGUCCAAGAUUUAUUUAUGAAAAGCUGUAGAAGAUUCUCAUCAUUGCAUUUAAAGUUGAAUGAAUAUGCUGUUAAUUAUACUCCGAAGGAAGCUGAAUUUGCACAUAUUGCAAACGAUCAAUUACUUGAGUUUUUUUCUUUAUCAAAUAUAACAAAUAAUGUAGAAAAUUUGACGUUGGAAAACUUUGUGUCAAUUCCGUAUUCAACUCUAUGUGAAAUAUUAAAAAACUUACCAAAUCUUAUAGAAUUAAAGUGUAUUAACGUGAUAUUCGAAUGUUCUUUGAGUGAAAACUAUUUAGACUUAACUAUAAAAGAAUGUUCUGAGAAAAUGUCAAAUAUUUUAUCACCCAAAUUAAGAUCAUUAAAUUUAGAAAAUUCUGAACCUUUAGAACUUUUUUGUCAUAUUACAAAUUUAGAACAAUUGUACAUAUUGUGUAAUGAAAGUAGCAACGAUGAUGAUAGCUUUAGAGUAAUAGUGAAAAAUAAUGAAAAAUCAUUAAAUAAUUUAAAGUUAGAAUCCUGGACAGUUGUUGAUAUAGAUUGGAAAGAAUUUGCAACUUUAUCAAAAUUAAAAUUAAAAGAAUUUUCUUUUUCUACUGAAUACGGGAUUAUGUCGUUUCAUGAAUAUUUUGUAAAAUUUUUAAAAUCUCAGUCAAGUAUAACUGAUUUAAGUGUCAUAAAUCUUAACACAUUAAACGAUAAAAAUAUAACUGAAAUAUUGGAAAAUUUGCCAAAUAUACAAAAAUUAAAUUUGAGCUAUAAUAAAAAUUUGACAAGUUCUAUUUUUAAACCAAUUUUAAAAUUGAAUAAUAUCAAAUCUUUAGCAAUAAAUAACCUGAAAUAUGUCAAACCAAAUGGAAUUUUUAAUUAUUUAUGUAGAAAAAAUCGCGAUAUCUAUGAAUUGAGUUUUUUAAAUGUGGAAUUGACUGAUGCAGAUUACAUUUCUAUAGCCGAAAAUUUAAAAAAAUUGAGAAUUUUAAAUGGCGGUAGCGGAAAUUUAACUGAUAAUAGUUUAUAUCGAAUUUUGGAAAACUGCAAGAACAUUGUUGAUUUAGUAAUUCAUAAUGGCAAUGUAACCGAUAACGCUUUGAUAGGACCUGAGUUGGAGUCUAAAAAAUUGUUGUACUUGAGUUUACAAUGUGAGAAAAUUUCCGAUGAAACUUUGAACAAUGGUUUUAAGUUUAGAAAUUUAACAGCUCUUAAUUUACUUAUUACAUCAAAUAUGUCAGCGGAAGGCUUUAAACAAUUAACUGAAAAUUGCUCUAAUAUUGAAGAUUUAAUAUUAAGAAAAAUAUGUUCAAGUCAAAUUUCAUUGAAUUUUCUUCAGAUAAUUUGUAUAGCAGUGAUCAAUCUAUUGAAAUUAAAAAAGUUGGAUAUAAGAAGAAGAUGCUCAUGUCUAGACACUAUUUCUUUUGAUUAUCAGAUGAUUUUAUAUAAAUUUUCGAAAAAGGAGUGUUUGGCGACCAAAAACAGACGAAAUUGCACUUGCGAAUUUUGGAUACACUGUGUUGAGUUAUUGGAUUGCUGGAAUAAUCCUUCAUUUCCUUUUUCCAUUUUAUGAUUUUACUAAUUUAUUAUAAUAACGUUUACAGACAUUUAGUUUUAAUUAAGACCUAAAUUCACUUUUAAUAGUUUUCGAUUAGUUUUAUUGAUUUAGUGAGGUUGGCGGUUUUAUUGGAUUAUCAUUACACCUAGUAGAUCUGACAACAUUAUUUUGAAUUUUCGUAAGUCACUGAAAACUUUAAAAAUUUAACGUUUUAGAGACACAUUUUAGAGUAAGACAAUCUUUCAUUUACAUUUUGUAUAACAAUAAAUAUUAUUGCAUAAUAUAACAAUUUAAUUUCUUUUGAAUAAUAUUGCAUGAGUUGUAAUUUAAAUUGUAACUCUUUAUUUGAACAAUAUGUUAAGUAAAAGUUAUUAUAUUUCAUUAUUAAUGGGUUGUAUACGAAUUAAAAAAAUUGUAUAAAAUAAAUCUAAAGUAUUAUAUGUACAAUUAUAUGUAUAUGUACUCUUAAGUUUUUUUCAUUCAUAUCUUAACAAAAUAAUUUCCUUACAUUCGAAACAUACAUGGUACACGUUUAAUAUACAUAUAUGUGUGUGCAAAACUAUUAUUAUAAAAUAAUAUAAUUUAUGUAACCAAAGGACAAUUUAUUUUCAUUCUUUAGAGAGUCCUUUAUUUUAUUUAUUUAGAAAAACAUGAAGCAUAAAAAAGUAAAAAGUUAAAGCGCUUUACGAAAUCGUUUAAAAAUAGCAAUAUGAAGCAAAUAUGAAAAAUUGGAAUAUGUUUAGAUGUUUGAAUUAUUCAUCCAUAUAGAUCCAUAGUAAAUAAUUAUGUUUUGAAAACAGGUAUACUUUGAAUAACGCAUAAAUAAGCUUUAAUAAAAUUAUUUAAAUGGCAUUCGGAGUAUUUUUUGAAUCGUCGAAGUACUUUUAAGACUGUAAUGUUAUGACAUUUUGAGCAAACAAAAGUGUCAAAAGCAAUAUUUUAAAAUUCGUUAAUUAGCUUUUAAAAAAUAAUGAAAUUGUCAGAUAAAUAGGCAGACGGAUAUCUUUCUAAGACAGUUUAUUUCAUUUCAGUUUAAUGUAUUUCCGUCGAAAAUUCAAAAUGCGAACCUCAUAAUAACCCUUUUGGCAUGCAAUGCUGUGUAUAAAAAAUAAAUCAAUCUUUAGAAUGUGCACGAAAAUUUUGAAUUAGGUUAUAAUGAUGUAUAAAUUUCACAGAAAAAAUUAACAGCGUUAUUUGAGGGAAGCCUGUAUUUUAGUAUUACAGAUUUUGAAUGAAUUUCGCAUAUUAUGAUAUUCCUGUAUAAAUAUGUAAAGUAAUAAUUUACGUACAUACAUACAUAUUAAUGUAUAAAUUUAAUAUAAUAUUAUAAAUAAAUAUGAUACUCGAAAACACUCAAAAUUAGACUGAAUGUCUAGACCAUAGACCUACUUUUCAUAAUAUUAAACUAAUACGUGAACAUAAUCUUAUAUAUAUAUAUAACAUAUAUGUGUGUGGAUAUAUGAAUUUAUAUCAUAAAUAAAUUUUACUUCGGUUGGGUUAAUUUUUUUUUUCUUUUUCUGUAAUAUUAUAUUUUGAGUUUUGCAAUAAAGUUUUGUUGUAAUAUAUAGAUUCAAUUUAAUAAUAAAAAUAUGUACUAUUGCCUUUAUACUAAUAAAAUUUACAGUCAUUUCCAAAAAUAACUUUAUAUUUAAAACUUUAUACAUUUUGCAUUAAAAUUACGAAGUAACGGUAAAUAUUUUUUUGUAUUAAUUUAAGUGUUCCUUCGACGAAAAGUAUGCAUUUACCUUCUUAUUGUGAUAUGAAGAACAUUGUAAAUAUAGCAAUCAUUUAUAGGUGCAACAAAAUAGUUGCUUCGAAAAAGAUUGUUUUUUAUUCUUUAAGAGAAAUAUGCAACUUUACAAUUAUUUCGAUUUGGUCCAAAUUUGUAGAAAAAAAUAUUGAAAUUUAAAUCGAACUAGCAAAAUUGAGUGUUUUAAUAUUUGAUUUUUGUUGAAAAUACUUUAUGCUUUUACUGUACCGCAAAUAAUAAAUUAUAUAUUUAAUAUUUAAAGUUAAAAAAAUUAUUAAAUAUGAAAUAAAGGGGGUGUGUAAACUGUAUAAGCAUAUAAAGAACGAAAAUAUUUAUAGAUAGAUUUUAAGCCAUUUUGAAUAUAAAAUUUACAUACGUAUAUGAGGCGGAAUCCCCCCGCCUUUUAAUUAUUUGUUAAAGUCAAACAUGACUUUAUAAUAGUACCUUUUAUUCUUGUUCUAUAAAUGUUCAAAUAACAUUUAUUAAAAUUAAGUGUUUGUUUGUUCGGACCAGAAUAUUCUUAAUAUUUAAAAAUAUUUUUGAUUUAAUUAAUAUUCCCCAACAAUAAUUAAAAAUCCGUGUUUUCUAUUACAGAGUUUAGUUAUUUUGAAUUUUGUGCAUGUAUAUUCUGCAAAUACAGUAGUAUUAACUUCAAUACAAAAUAAGAUAUUAUUAUAAUAUUAAUAUGAGGCUGCAUUAUCAAGCUAAUCUUCAGAUUUGUAUUUAUAUUAAAUUUGAUUCAUAGACUUACAUUAAUAGCUGUUACGACUUAAAAAUUAAAGAAAAAAAAAUUUAUUGUAUAUUAAAAAAUAUUUUAUGUAAAUUAUUUCUUUCCGAUGGUAACACCAUACAUAAUAAAUUUUAAACCGCACGAACGUGUUAAACAGCAAAAAUAUGAAAAGUAAAAGAAAAUAAGGAAAAAAGAAAACAGAGAAAAUUGUUUAACAAAAUAAAUUGCUGCUAAAAAAUGAAUCAUUCCACUUGAAUAAGUUUUAUGGCUUAAGAGUAUUUACAUAUGUAUAGAAUAUAAAUAUUAUAUAUACAUACAUCAGUAGACGUAACAGACUCAUCCAUACACAAUGUGCAACAUUAUUAUAUUAGUGUUUAAAAAUAUAUUUUAGAGAAAAAAUUGAAAUAUUUUCAUUUAUAUACACAAUUCACUUAGACGGCACAAGGUAUUUUAAUUGUAACCAAAGUGGUGAGCAGAAGCAAGGCAGUGACCGGCAACGACGGAUGAUUUCCGUUGUUAACUCAGAACAAAAAAAGAACUAUAAAAUUAUGUGUUAGUAUUUUGCAUAAAAUAUCACACACGCGUGGUCAACUGUCGUUUGUAUGAUUAAACGAGAAAAAAAAUAGAGUUGACCUUGUC